AUGAAGCUGUUCGGUCUCGUCGUGUUGGUGAUGGCAGUGCUAGCCCUGCUGGGCGGCGCUAGUGCCAACCCUAAGGGCAUCGGUGGCGCUCUCAGGAAGGGCGGGAAAGUCAUUAAACAUGGCCUCGGCGUGAUUGGCGUUGUGGGAACUGGACACGAAAUAUAUCAACAAUCGAAACAACAUUAA